UUUAUAGUAUUUAUUAAGUAAAAAUAUUUCAAAAUGCAGAGCAACCAAAUCGACGAUAUCGUGAAGAAGAUUGCGAAUUAUAAGAUCAAUCACAAUAGAAAACCGUACAGUCGGAAUAAGAAACCAGAGAUCGUCAAGAUCCCACUCGGCUUUUUACCCGGGCAUCAUUUCAAAAUCCCUGAAAAUGGAGAAAUUGACUUGAAGAACCCUCUAGGGAAACCACCGAUAAAAUCCAGGAAUAGAGCAGUCGGUCUCCUUCCAGCAAAGAGGUUCAAUACUCACUCUAGUCUAAGCUUGAGCAAGAUUAAUGCUAUUCACCAGAACUUGAUCCGAAAGGUCGACGCAAGCCCCACCAAGAGCAGGAGUGUAGAACGUGCUCACAAAUUAUGAAAGCUUGAAGCCAAGUCAAGAAAUAUCCUCCAAAGGAACGAAUUUGAAAGACUUCAGAAAGAAUAGGAAAGCGACAGAAUUCUAGAACUUUUCAACAAAAUUAUUUCAUUCC